AUGGCAUGUGCCAGAAGAAAUAGCCAUCUUAUGACCAACCACUGGCAGCCCGAGUGGGAUCAGGCCAUCCAGUUAGCUACGGAGCGGAUCUGGGAAGAAGGGCUGCUUUCGAAAGGCGGCGGAUUAUGCCAUGGUAUUUCAGGCAAUGCGUGGUCGGUGCUGCUUAUGCACGAUUGCUUCGAGUAUGACGGUGAACUGGCGGAACAGGCGAAACACAACUACCAAGCGCGCACGCAAACUGAUAUCUCGAGUAUGCAGCCAGAGCUCACAGGAGACUAUUUUCUUUCCAGAGCUCUAUCUCUUAUGCUUCAUCUACGCGAGACGCGUCCCUAUAACACAUCGCCCCAAUCGGAUUCGAAUGACUACCGCAUGCCGGACAACCCCUAUGCUUUGACUGAGGGCUUGCCAGGUCCCGUGUGCGCAUGGUCCGAGAGCUGCGUGGUGAUUCAGGCGAGGUUGCGGAAGAUGGAGCUAGAUGCGAAGGGAGAGACCUCGGCGGCGGCGCGUGAGAGCGAUGCCGUUUUCCAGGAAUUAGAGAGUCGUCAUCUGGGAUUCCCUACUCUUCCGUACCAUCGGGCCGUUGGUAUGUUCUGA